AUGGGGGAUAGCAACCGCACAGCAGUAACUGAGUUUGUUUUGCUGGGGUUCUCAGGUUUUGGUUCCCUUCAGGGCUCUCUAUUCUGGGGGGUGCUCUGUAUCUACCUGGUCACCUUGCUGGGCAACUCCCUGAUCAUCCUCAUAACGCUGGCGGACCCUGCCCUGCACUCGCCCAUGUAUUUCUUCCUUCGCCACUUCUCCAUGGUGGAGAUCCUCUACACCACAACCAUCGUGCCCAGGAUGCUGGCUGAUCUCCUGUCCUCCUGCCCCACCAUCCCACUUGCCAGCUGCUUCACCCAGCUCUACUUCUUUGCCCUCUUUGGCAUCGCAGAAUGCUGUCUGCUCACCGCCAUGGCCUAUGACCGCUAUGCUGCCAUCUGCCGGCCGCUGCAUUAUGGCACCCUGAUGAACCGGGGCACGUGUGUCCACAUGGUGGGGGCCUCGUACCUCAUGGGUGUCAUCGCUGGCACCACUCACUCCGUCUUUAUCUUCACAUUGCCCUUCCACAAUGCCAACACAAUCCACCACUUCCUGUGUGACAUCCUGCCUGUGCUGAGGCUGGCUAGUGCAAGCACCUUCUGGGGUGAAGUGGGAAAUCUUGGUGUCACAAUAGCCUUUAUCCUGACCCCCUUCUUACUGAUCAUUGCCUCCUAUGCUUGUAUCCUUGUCACCAUCCUUGGGGUUGCGACAUCCCAGGGACGUCGGAAAGUCUUCUCUACCUGUUCUUCCCACCUGUUUGUGGUCAUGCUCUUUUUUGGGACUGGGACUGUUGCCUAUAUGAGGCCUUGGGCAGGCUCCUCUCAGGACGCGGACCAAAUCCUCGCCCUCUUUUACACAGUGGUCACUCCCAUGUUCAACCCUUUUGUUUAUACUCUGAGGAACAAGGAGGUCACAGGGGCGAUGAGGAGGCUUAUGAAGAAAUACUUUUGGAGUUCUUGA